CCCCCCGGCCACAGGAUGGUGACCCGACGGUCUGCGGCCCGCAGCUCCGGGAGCUGGCUGUUCCCAGGGUUGUGGAUUGUGGUGCUCAGCGGUCCUGGGGGGCUGCUGCACGCGCAGGAGCAGCCGUCUUGCAGAAGAGCCUUUGAUCUCUACUUCGUCUUGGACAAGUCUGGGAGUGUGGCAAAUAACUGGAUUGAAAUUUAUAAUUUUGUCCAGCAACUUACUGAGAGAUUUGUGAGCCCUGAAAUGAGAUUAUCUUUCAUUGUGUUUUCUUCUCAAGCAACCAUCAUUUUGCCAUUAACUGGAGACAGAGACAAAAUCAAUAAAGGUUUGGAAGAUUUAAAAAGUGUUAGUCCAGUGGGAGAGACAUAUAUCCAUGAAGGACUAAAGCUAGCGAAUGAACAAAUUCAGAAAGCAGGAGGCUCAAAAACCUCCAGUAUCAUAAUUGCUCUGACAGAUGGUAAGUUGGACGGUCUGGUGCCAUCAUAUGCGGAGAAAGAGGCAAAGAUAUCCAGGUCACUUGGUGCUAAUGUUUAUUGCGUUGGUGUCCUUGAUUUUGAACAAGCUCAGCUCGAAAGAAUUGCCGAUUCCAAGGAACAAGUUUUCCCUGUCAAAGGUGGAUUUCAGGCUCUUAAAGGAAUCAUCAAUUCUAUACUAGCUCAGUCAUGUACUGAAAUCCUGGAAUUGAGGCCCUCAAGUGUCUGUGUGGGGGAGGAAUUUCAGAUUGUUCUGAAUGGAAGAGGCUUCAUGUUGGGGAGUCGGAAUGGCAGUGUCCUCUGUACCUACACUGUCAAUGAAACAUACACCAUGAGUGUAAAACCAGUAAGUGUGCAGCUUAAUUCUAUGCUUUGUCCUGCACCUAUCCUGAAUAAAGCUGGAGAAACUCUUGAUGUUUCAGUGAGCUUUAAUGGAGGAAAAUCUAUCAUUUCAAGCACACUAAUAGUCACAGCCACAGAAUGUUCUAACGGGAUUGCAGCCAUCAUUGCUAUUUUGGUGUUAUUGUUACUCUUGGGCAUGGGUUUGAUGUGGUGGUUUUGGCCCCUUUGCUGCAAAGUGGUUAUCAAGGAUCCUCCUCCACCACCACCACCUGCACCAAAAGAGGAAGAAGAAGAACCUCUGCCCAACAAGAAAUGGCCAACUGUGGAUGCUUCUUAUUAUGGUGGUCGAGGGGUUGGAGGAAUUAAGAGAAUGGAGGUUCGCUGGGGUGAUAAAGGAUCUACUGAGGAAGGUGCGAGGUUAGAGAAAGCCAAAAAUGCUGUGGUGAAGAUUCCUGAAGAAGAGGAACCCAUCAGGCCUAGGCCACCUAGACCCAAACCCACUUACCAGCCUCCACAGACAAAGUGGUAUGCACCAAUUAAGGGUCCUCUUGAUGCACUCUGGGCUUUGUUGCGGCGGCAGUAUGACCGGGUUUCCUUGAUGCGACCUCAGGAAGGAGAUGAGGGCCGGUGCAUAAACUUCUCCAGAGUUCCAUUUCAGUAAAGGAAAGCAAGAAGACCAAGAAGGUACAAAGAUGGCACAUUUUCACAUCAAACCAGAUGAAAAAAGUCAAGUGCAUUUCAGAAACUUUUGGAAGAGCAGCUUAAUUUCUCUCCGUCAGGAAAUGCUUUCUCAGCCUUCUGCUUUUUUUGCACCAAAUAUUUUCAAACACUCACUUGACUAUCUACAAGGGUGGGAUUGAUAUAAAGAAGAAUGUUAAUCUGCACACUGUGGUUUAUAAAAGUAACUUUAUUUGAGUGUGUUGAAGAGGCAAAAGCAAAAAACAGCCACAAUGUAAAGGUGAUAUCAAAACAGAACACAAAACCAGUAGCCAUGAUGGGUCUUUCAUGGAGAUAGGACCUUUUAACAUGCAAAUAUGGCGCUUGUGUUUUUGUACGACAAAAUCUGUAGCUACAGGCAGAGUAUGAAAUUUCCCACCAGGCUAAGCAAAUAUUGGAGUCCAUUGCCUUAUAGCUAUGUCAGAUCACAAAAUCCUUCCAAGUCCCCUAUCACAGUAUGCCUCACGGGAAGUUUCUGACUAGAAAAUCUUGUCAUUCUAACACUGAAAAGUGCACACGCAUGACAAAAGAUAGACAAGAUGCCUCAAGGUAUUGGUAGCAAGCAAGAUUUUGCCCUUUAGUUUUUGAAGACACCUUUCUUUCAUUAUGCACUUGGGACAAGAAAAUUAAUAGAGCGUUAUUCCACUGGAAGACAGCCUCUCACCAAAGAUCUGGAGUGUAGUUUAAAGGCCUCGUGAUUUGAGACUUUGUCCCUGAGACUGGUAGAUUUCCUCCUUUUCCUGUGUUUAGGAGUACUAGUGCAUAAAGCAUUAAUAUCUGUAAACAUACCUAGGAGUUUGUUUUGCUUUUAAUUUAAAGGAAGCAGUAACCACAAAGCUUCUGCUCAGGGUUUUUUCUUCCUUCAAGUCUCCAAGGGCUCUUCAGCGUCACAAGCCAGCAACUCUCUUUGCAUGAAAAUUUCAAAGUUUAAUUAAUAUAAUUAAAGGCAACAGCAAGCAGCAGCCUGUGAAGAUUUUGCUCAUCUUUUUUAUGCCUUUUGACAUUGAAUGACCUAUUACUGUAUGCGCAUUACUUGGAUUUUGAGGAGCACUCUACUUUGGUUAUGAUUCAGUAGAGGAAAAAGACCUCCUUUCUGCAGUUUAUAAAUUAAAUUUUCAGGAGGAUCGCCAUCAAAAAACAUUGACAAUGUAUGUAUUAUAAUUUUUUAGAAAAACCACCAUCGUGUCACGUCGACGAUGCCAGAUUAUGUUAGCGUGAGCAGAAACACUGUGGGGGAGGAAGAAGGCAGCAGCUGAAGAAAACAGCUCAAAUGAUCUAGUCACUUUCGAUACUGUACUUCAGAUGCGAAAUGGAUAUUCGACUCGAAACCUGACAAAGCGCGCCGGCUUUGAUGUGAACUGGUAUAGACAAUGACCAGUGGCCGGGUCAGUGGGAUGUCUCUCUGUGAGCACAAAGGCUUAUCAAAUGACACUAAAAAUAAGUUCAACAACCAUCACAUUGGAAGGGAGAAGGCGAACAUUUCAUGUUUGGCGGGCAUAUGAGUGCACAAGAUGGAAUGAACGAUUUGGAGCAUCCUGGUAUAAUUACCCCCAUUGUGCUUUUAAUGGAAAUUUCAGAGGAUGGGGAAUGAUUCUGUUGGUUGGUGUCCAGGUUUUUGGCACAGCUCCAAGAAACCUUAUGUACACACACAAAUAUAUGUAUAUGUACACACACACGCACACACAUACAUACACCCCACACUUAUGUAUUCUCUGGCUUGAAUCUUUUGCUCAAGUUUAUUUAUGUCACUGGCUGGCUGGAUCCAAAGUCAUGUGUCCACAUAUUCAUAAAUAAAAUUUUUAUCUGUG